AUGCGAAAACAUUCAAUUAACACAAUUAUCUCUGUACAAGAUACGAUUUUAUCAUCGGAUGAAACAAAUAAAUCUUGCAAAAGUUUGCAUACAACUUCAACAGUAAAGUCACAGUCAGAUGCACAUGUGCAUCCAAAUAGUACAUCGACAUCUACCAAAAACAAUAUACAACAAGUUCCUGUUUCUGAUCCAACGAUUGCACUACAUUCAAAUCAAAUAACAUCGCAUGACUCAGACGUCACCAUGAAAGUUUUGGAAACAAAGCCGGAAAAAGUAACCGCGUCACCCGAAGAGAAGAAGCAUAUAUUCUUUGCCUAUGCAGAACAAGAUGAAUCUGAUAUAAAAGUGGCUGAAACACUGAAGGACUAUUUCGUCCAGCGACGAUUGAGAGUUUAUCAUCCUAGAGAAAAUGAAGAUAUCAAUACUAAAAUUGCAAAUGGUAUUAAAAAUGCUGCUGUGGUUAUAGUUCUUCCAUCUCACUCAUUACAAAUAUCAAAAACAGGAUCAAAACUAUUGAAUUAUGCUGAUCAAACUAAAACUCCAAUUUUAAAUAUUAGGAUUUAUGAAAAUUUUCAACCUAAAGACUGGUUAGGUGCUAUUUUAGCUCCGACAAAAACUGUCUCAACUGAUUUUAAUGAACUUAUGAAAUCCUUGAUGUCUAUGGGUAUCAGAACUAAUAAUCUUGUUCUUGAACGAGAUGAAAAGAAUGAACCACAACCAAUAGCAAAGCAACUGUUUCAUGGUGGGACUGGAUCGGGAAAUGUAACUGCUACUUAUCAUCAGUCUGGUCAAGAAUUUCCAAUGGAAUUUGAGUUUCUGGGUUUGGAACAAGGCAAAGUAUUUGGUCAAGGCGAUGAUCAUUUUGGAGCUUUUACUAUUACUGGUGAAUACAACCUUCAAGAUGGCUAUGGUGAUAUUAAUAUGCAUAAGCAAUAUGUUGGAAAGCAUUCUGUUAUAUAUCGAGGAAAGAUUUCUUUCGAAGGGAUAACAUGUACGAUAGAAGGAAACUGGGAAAUGGGCAACAUAUUUGAUAGAUUUUUCAUCUAUCUGACUCUUCCGGAAGUGUAUGCAACAAAAAUAGAAAAGGUAUCAUCACCGAAAGCUUUACGAAGACAAGGAAAUAAAGUUAUGAUUUCCUAUUGUCCAUGUCAAUAUGAUUUAGCUCAAAAGAUAACUGCAGGACUAAUAUCGAAAGGUAUUCCAACAAUUUGUCCACCAUUACGAAUGUAUGAGAUGAUAAAAAUAGCAACUGAAGAAGCAAAAGUUAUUGUACCAUUAAUGAGUGAAGCAUAUGAAGCAUCUAAUAUGUCAAAGUAUGUUCUUUCUUAUGCGGAUGAAGCUGGUAUUCCUAUAGUUCCCGUAAAAGCACAAUAUCCUUAUUCUCAAAGUGGUUGGCUCGGUGUUAUUUGUGCUGGUGCAUUAUAUACGAAGAUAGCGGUUGAAAAUGACAUUGAGAAAAGACUCGAUAAUCUUGUAGCACAAUUACAUCCAUAUAUUAAAGAUUCUGUACACGAAGAGCAACUUAUUGAUAGUCUUGUUGAUGGAACUCUUGCUCAAGGUUAUUAUAUUCAAUGGGGAGAGGAGUUUGAUAUGAAGUUUGAUAUGUUUGCUAUGUCAAAUGGAUACAUUUCUGGUCAAGGAGAAGAUGUAAUCGGUGGUUUUGUAAUCAAUGGGAAGUAUACUUGUUUAUCAGAUGAAGAAGACUUUGAAUUCCAGUUUAAAAAGCAUUAUAUCGGAAAACACGAUGUUGAAUACUCUGGAAUUAUCACUCAGAAUGAAUCUCAAUUCUUCUUCGAUGGUAACUGGUACAUAGGUAACUUAUCUGAUAGCUUUCAUCUAGAAGUUCCUCGUAAACAAUCAUCAGGACAUAAAGGCUUGCAUAUUAUGUUAAGUUAUGAAUGGAAUAAUCAAGAGCUUGUUAAACGAGUAGCAGAUAUGCUUAAACAAAGGAAUAUUCCUAUUUGGUUUGAUAUUGCUGGAGAUAUGAAAGGAAAUAUCAAUACUGCUAUGGCUAAUGGUGUUGAAGGUGCUGCAGCGGUUAUUAGUUUCGAUACUGUUGCUUAUAGCAAAAGUAUUAAUUGUCAAAAAGAACUUACAUAUGCUUCUCAAUUAAAGAAGAAUAUUGUUCCUGUUCUUCUUGAAAAUGAUACGGAAUUUGAAAAUACAUGGUUAGGUAUGAUAAUAGCUUCCUUAAAUAGAAUCAAUAUGCAAGAUGAUAAUCAAUUUCACUCCACUAUCGAUACUCUCGUACAACAGUUAAAUAAAUUUCUUGAAGAGAAAAAUGAUGAAGAAUCUCAUCGAUCUGAAGUUAUAACAAGAUUUGAAGGUGGUGCUGUAGAAGGAAAAUAUUAUCAAUAUAAUCAAGCUUUUGAUAUGUUCUUUGAUUUCUUUUCUUUAAGAGAAGGAAGAGUUUCAGGUCAAGGAAAUGAUGCAAUUGGACCUUUUACAAUGGCUGGCAAUUAUGAUAAUGAAGGAAAGGUUUCCUUUACAAAGCAGUACGUUGGACAACAUGCUGUUGAAUAUGAUGGAAAUAUCUAUUGCGAUAACUUGGGAGGAUUUCAAAUUAAAGGAAACUGGAGUAUUAAGAACUUAACAGAUGAAUUUUAUUUGGAAAGCGUCAAUACUUCCAAGCCUGAUGUACCGACUGAAAACAUUUAA